GGUGCAGCUGACUCGCCUGAGCGCACACGGGUGUGAGCGGAGGCAGCCCUGCUGCGUCCGCACCUUCGGGAGCCGCUUUGCCUUUUCCACCCACUCGCACCUGCCACCCUACGGACAUUAUGUCGAAGGCGGCCGGAGGCGCAGCGGCGGAAAGUUGUCCCCCAGCCACCGCUGGCCCAUCCGCGGCUGCCGCGGUGGAGGACCUGUCCAAAGUGUCGGAUGAGGAGCUGCUGCAGUGGAGCAAGGAGGAGCUGAUCCGCAGCUUGCGGCGCGCGGAGGCCGAAAAGGUGAGCGCGAUGUUGGACCACAGCAACCUCAUCCGCGAGGUGAACCGCCGCCUGCAGCUGCACUUGGGCGAGAUCCGCGGGCUCAAGGAUAUCAACCAGAAACUCCAGGAGGACAACCAGGAACUGAGGGACCUCUGCUGUUUCCUGGAUGACGACCGACAGAAAGGCAAGAGGGUGUCCCGGGAGUGGCAGAGACUGGGCCGCUACACGGCUGGGGUGAUGCACAAAGAAGUGGCCUUAUACCUGCAGAAGCUGAAGGAGCUGGAGGUGAAGCAGGAGGAAGUAGUGAAAGAGAACAUGGAGCUCAAGGAGCUCUGUGUGCUGCUGGAUGAGGAGAAAGGCGCGGGCUGUGCAGGCAGCCGCUGCUCUAUCGACAGCCAGGCCAGCCUGUGCCAGCUUGCUGCCUCCACAGCGCCAUAUGUGCGGGAUGUGGGCGAUGGCAGCAGCACCUCUAGCACAGGCAGCACCAACAGCCCUGACCACCACAAACACCAUGCCAGCAGUGGCAGCCCUGAGCACCUGCAGAAGGCCCGGGGCGAGGGCAGCCCAGAGCACCCCAAGCACAGGAGUGCCAGCCCCGAGCACCUGCAGAAACCCAGGGUCUCUGGGACCCCGGAUCACCCGAAAGCACUCAAAGGACCCAGCCCGGAGCACCAUAAACCCUUGUGCAAGGGCAGCCCAGAACAGCAAAGGCACCCACACCCAGGGGGCAGCCCCGAAACAUUGCCCAAGCACAUGCUGAGUGGGAGCCCUGAACACUUCCAGAAGCACAGACCUGGGGGCAGCCCUGAAAACGCUAGGCACAGCGGCGGGAGCCCGGAGCAUCUUCAGAAACAUGCCCUAGGUGGGAGCCUGGAGCAUCUCCCCAGAGCCAGGGGCACUAGCCCCGAGCACCUCAAACAGCAUUAUGGAGGAAGUCCUGAUCACAAACACGUGGGAGGAGGCAGUGGAGCAGGUGGAGGUGGCAGUGGUGGAGGCAGCAGAGAGGGCACCCUCCGAAGGCAGGGUCCCGAGGAUGUGUCAGCCCAUCACCGGAGUGUCUACAGUGGCAUGAACGAAUCAACCUUGUCCUAUGUUAGGCAGCUGGAGGCAAGAGUAAGACAGCUGGAGGAAGAAAAUCGCAUGCUGCCCCAGGCCACCCAGAAUAGAAGGCAACCUCCAACUAGAAACAGCUCAAAUAUGGAGAAAGGCUGGGGGCCCAGAGCCCGGCGGGUCUUGCAGUGGUGGCAAGGGUGCCGAGGAAUAGGACGAUGCCUGCCCACUCUCCCGGGUUCUUUUAGGUUGUCAUCAGGGGCUGAUGGGAGUAACAGUUCACCCAACUCUCCAGCUAGCUUCAGUGGACAUACCACACCUUCUCAGCAGCCUGAACCCGUGGUACACUCUCUUAAGGUCUUGGAUGUUCAGGAAACUAUAGAUCGCCAACAGGGUAAAGAGUAUGAACAUGACCUUAGUGAGACAGAAAAAGCUAUAGUCAGAGAAAUGUGCAAUGUUGUGUGGAGGAAACUUGGAGAUGCUGCAGGUUCCUGUCCUGGAAUUAGGCAACAUUUGUCAGGAAACCAGUACAAAGGGCCAAUGUGAGAAGCUCUCUCCUUCAAAUAAGACAUCGCCUCUGCCAGAGAGUUAAAAAAAAGAAGAAAAAGAAGAGUUGAUCUCCGCAAACCUGGAUUCAUGGAAUAACAUGGAUGGAGUAAUUGUACAUUGCACAUAUUUGUCCUCUAAAACCUUUAGUACAACAUCCCCCAUCAAACUGAUAUUUUCUGUCUCUUGCUUCAGUGUCCAUAACAGUCACUCUCCAACAAGGUAGCUUUGAAAAUCACCAUUUUGUUACCAAUAUGUUCAUUAGAACUAAAACGUUUUGACUCUGAAGAUCUAAGAUUAAAUUGGGAAUCCUGCAUGGAGGGAAGAGUCCAGGGGGGCCUCAGUGAUUUUGAUUUGACUCAUUACAUAUAAUGGUGGGAGUUUUCUGCCAUGCUGUGUUGAAGAUGAGGGGGUGUCUUCCAGCACCCCAGAUUUGAGAGUUGGAUACCUAUCUCUCAUACUUCAGUCACCAAAAUACUAAUUCCUGAAGCAUAAUUAAUGUGGAUGCAAGAUAAGAUUGGGUUUCUGGCUUUUUGUUUGGUUUUAACAUUUGAGGUGCUAAAACUACCACAUAACUUCUCUAUACCUUCUAGAAGGGUAGCAAGACUUUGUAGAGUACUUAUCAGAGGGUGCCAUUUGUUUCAAUUGACCAAAAUAAAUACUCAUUUUUUUCUUUUGCUCUUGAUGCAUUGCUCAGAGGGACAUGUAUUGCAGACAAACCAACCUCCAGAUUCAUUCAAUGUAUCCACUGACGUUAAUAUUAAUCAUUUCAACUAAAAAAUAAGCAAACAUAAUUUUUCUAAGUGUUUCCAGCUGUGUGAUGUCAAUUUCUACAAUUUUAGUUUCUAGACAUGCUGUUAUAUUUAAUAAACUUUAUGUAGACCUUAAAAUAUUGCACUGCAUUUAUGAAAAAAGCUUUCUUUGCCUACUGCAGCUAUCUAACAUUUUAUGAAACUGACGCAUGUCCUUCAUUAUUGAGGUUAAAAGCUCUUGUUCAGAUUGCUUGAGGUUUGAAAAGGGGUGUGCUAGCUUUGCUUAGUUUAUUUCUUACUUUUGGUAAAUUACUCUCUAUAUAAUAUUAGAUUGUAUGUACUGGAAAUGCUAUGAUAGAUAUUUUGUGUUUAUCCACAUGCAAUGAUAAUUUCUUGUAUGAAUGUUUGAGAGCCCUGUGACAGAAUGCUGUUAAGUUUUUACUGUAGUUUAAGAUUAUAAAAGUAGGAAUGCAACAAUUCCCAGUUUUCAGAUUUCUUCUAAAUUAUUCAGAUUGAUACAUAGCAGAUAUUCUCUGUUGUUGUUUUGUUUUUAAAAUGAGUUCCUUCCAAAGUGUAUUAAUUGUCAUUGGUGGGGGAAAGUAAGGGGAUUUUGUUAUACUUAAAAAAGUGUUACUGUGAUGAAAAUCCAGCCCUUUGUUUCCAGGAAAUAUUUAUGAAUUAAUUUACUGUAGAAUUAUCUUUCUAAUUAUUGUAAUUGGGUUACCAUUUAAGCCCAUCUUUCUUUUUAAAUGUUAUAGAUUUUUAAAUGUUAUUGCCCUGUUAAAGAAAAUUGCUUGCUAUAUUUACACCUUCUGUCUUAGAAAAGCUUUCAUCCUUAAAUUGUUGUAUUCCUAUAUUCUGAAGACAUUUAAAACAAGUUUUUGUGCCUGCAGCAGAGCCUGCAGAAGCCAAUAAAAGGGGCACUGGUCUUUAGACAAAAUACUUGUGUAAAUUUUGAUACUGUAUUAAAACUAUUUUUUUAAAGUUCUGCAUAAAAUUGAGUAUAUGUGUUCAUCUUAGCACUGGUAAUAAAUUAUUUA